AUGUCUACAGAAACAGGUGACCUUGAUUUGGGUCUAGUGAUCUACGCCUCAGUGAAACCCAUCUUCAAAAUCUACUUCAUCAUCGCGUUGGGGUUCUACUUGGCCCGAAGGAACAUUCUCACCGUCACGACAUGUCGGGAUAUCUCGGACACGAUCGUCACGGCGAUCAUGCCGUGUUUGAUUUUCGAGAACAUUGUCCUGAAUUUGAAGAGUUCCGAUAUCAAGAACAUUGGAAUCAUUUUCUUCACGGGGACGCUAUUGUUCAUUUUUGGGGCGAUUAUGGCCUGGUUGACGUAUAUAGCGACUAAAUCACCAAGACGAUGGUUAGGGGGGUUGAUUUCCGUUGGGCUAUUUCCCAAUAUUUCUGAUUUACCCAUUGCGUAUUUGCAGACGUUUGCUAAAGGUGGGGUGAUAUUCAGCACUGCCGAAGGGGACAAAGGUGUGGCGUAUGUUUGUAUUUUCCUCAUGACACAAGUAUGUUAUCAGUUCUCGAUGGGGUUGUAUCGACUUAUUGAAUGGGAUUUCCAGGAUGAGAUAAAACAAAAGGCAAAGGAGGAUAAAGACAAGGAGAUGAUUGAGAUGGAGACUGAGAUUUCAACCGAUCGUUUGGGUCCAUUUCCUCGGCAGUCUAUUAACACUCCAGAAUUUGCAAUCGAUGAUUCAGAGUCUAUUUCUAGUGAAGUUAUGGUGACUAGUUCGGCGGCUAUGGAUAAAAACUCGCCAAACAGCUCCGACGAAUAUCAAACUAGACAUUUGACUACAGAAAUGUCGCAUGCAAGUACACCAAGAACGAACCGGUCAAUGAGUCCAGGAUCCCAAAGAUCGAGACGAGCAUCGCUGAUUCAAUCACUGAACAGCAUUUACGCACUUGCACCUACACUUUCACGAACUGUCGAGUUACGAAAACAAAAAUCACAAAAGAUUGAAGAUGUCAUUCAGGAAUACUCCAAUUUUGAAGGGUUAAAGAGAGGAGAAAGUAGACGGUCAGUAGCGGGGACCAGUGAAGUCGGGGUUGUUCCUGUUAGUUCCGAGGAAGAGGAAGAAGUGAAGACAUCGUUCAAGUCGAAAAUUGUCAAGUAUCUAGGACAAAUGGGUAAGAACUUGAUUGCGCCAAGUUCCGUAUCAUUGGUUGUGUCUAUUGCUAUUGCCAUGGCUCCACCUUUGAAGGCAUUAUUUGUCCCUGCGAGAGUACACAUUCCACCUGCGCCAGAUGGACAACCGCCAUUAUCGUUUGUUAUAGAUUUAACCAGUUAUAUCGGAGCUGCUUCGGUCCCAUUAGGGUUAAUUUUACUAGGAGCUACCAUUUCCCGGUUGCAAGUGAAUAAAAUGCCAAAGGGAUUUUGGAAAACGGCAGUGAUGAUAACCGCAUCCAGACUCAUCUUGAUUCCCAUCAUUGGGGUUGGAAUAACCACCGGGUUUUAUAAAGGUGGCUGGUACGGUGAUGACAAGUUGCUUCGAUUUGUCAGUGUGUUGGAGUUUGGAUUACCGAAUGCCACGGCAUUAGUUUAUUUCACGGCAUUUUAUACUGAUCCAACGUCCGACGAACACUUGCAAAUGGAUUGUUUGGCCAUUUGCUUGAUUUGCCAGUAUUCCAUCUUGUACGUGACACUACCUUUCUUGGUUACGUUCACAUUGAAAGUAUCAUUGGGAUUAUAG